GCUGGUGACUCGCGUGGUGACCAAAGCUGACUGAUUGAGAAACAAAGGAAAAUGGCGGCGCUGACUUCUGUGUUCAGACAAUUCCAACUGUAUAAAAGACAAUAGAACCAAGCAAAUGUCUGUCAGUUUUGAUUCAGACGUACGAUGGCGAAGGCUUCGACUCCCAAGAGACACGCAUUGACGUUGCUACAGAAAAUCGAGGUCAUCCGACGUUCCGAGAACGGCAAGUCGUCCCGUCAGCUAGCGGCUGAUUUCGGUGUCGGCCGGACUCAGAUCCAGCGUAUCGUAAAGAGAAAACAAGAGCAUCUUGAGGACUUCGAGAACAACGCCCCGACCGGCAAGAAGAGAAGGACCUGCAACACCGGCAAUGAGGAAAUCAACCGACUGUGCUGGGAGUUCUACCGCGACACCACAACCCGACUCGUCACAUGUUCAGGGCCCAUGCUACAGGAAGCCGCGCGGAAGUUCGCGAAGGAGCUCGGCGUGACAGAGUUCAAAGCUUCCAACGGGUGGCUGGAGAGUUUCAAGAAGCGGCACAACAUUGGACGAAGCACGAUGGUCGGGCAAAGCGCCGGUGUGGACAAAAUCGUGGUGGGGGGACUGGCCACCUGUGACACCACUGGGACGGACUGGAACCAACCAGUCUCAGCCAACCUGCAGCAGCUCCAUGCAGAGAAGGAGAAGGAUGGCGACACUGACGAUGAGGAGGACGAUGACGAGGAAGAAGGUGGACUUGAGAACUUUUCCAUGUUCAUGGAAUGUAUCCAAAAGAUGAAGCACUUCUGUUUGAAGGAGGGUUUUGGGGAGGGUCUGGUACUCCUCCACGACCUAGAUGACGUGUCCUGUGAAACUUGGAAUAAGAGGAGGGCUCAGGCCAAGCAGACAACCUAGACCUUGGACACAUUCUUCAAGAAAUUGUAGUCAUACAAUUGUUCCAAACUCCUGGAAUGUGAAAUCUGGUCCAAAUUUCAUUCAUGGUUCAUGCAUAAUCCUUAUUAUGGGUACGCGCGGACAGUUCCAAACUUCCAACCCAAUGUACAUUGUGACUAUUAUUGCAAUUGAACUUAUUUGAGGCUAUAAGUGGGUCUUAUUGUUAAUUACUAAAGAAAAAGAGAGACUUAGUUUAGGGAAAGUAGAAGAUGAAGUACAUUUUACUAUGGAUUGUCCUUUGUUAGCGA